AUGGUUACUGAUCAAAAAGAAAUACAAGUUAACAGCAAUGAUAGUCUUAAUGAUGAACAAAGACUACAAUAUGAAGAUACUAAACAAGAUUUACCAUCUAUAUACGAUAUACAUACUAAAUUCAAAAAGAAUGUAAUACUGUUCAUUGUUAGUGGUUUAGGAUUCUUAUCAAAUUUCGAUGAACUAGUUUAUAUUCCUGCAUUAUCCAUGGUAAUUCAGGAUCUACAUACAACAGAAACAUUAAGUUUAUCAACAAUCACUGUAUAUGUACUUGGAAGCUGUUUUGGCGGACUUAUUUGGGGAAUGUUAAGUGAUUGUUAUGGACGUAGAUCAAUCAUGUUACUUGCACUUUGUGGAUUUGUACUAUCUGUGGUUGGUUCUUACUUUUCAUCAAAUAUACAUAUAUUUUUGGUAGCUCGUGUAUUACAAGGAGCUUUCAUCUGUGUCACAACAACUGUUGGUCAAGCAACAAUUGCUGAUAUAUAUCAACCAAGUGAACGUGGACGAGCUAUUGCUUUCUUCUAUGCAUUUUAUUUCAUGGCAUCAAUAGUUGGCCCAAUCAUUGGUGGACCAUUGUCUUAUCAUUUUGGUUGGAGAUCAACAUUCAUUGUAGUAGAAAUUCUUGCAAUUAUUUUAUUUAUUCUUUAUGUCUUAUUCGUACCUGAAACACAACAGUAUAUAAUUGUAUGCAAUUGCCAUAAAAUGGGAACAAAACUACUUGAGUAUGACUUACUUGUGAAGCCAAAACUACAAAAUCCAUGUUUAGCAUUGAGAUACUUAAAAGAGACAACAACUCUACCGUAUAUCUUUGUUUUAGCACUAGGAUUUAUGUCAAUGAAUGUUGCACAGCUUUCUCUUUCUAUUCAAGUAUCGAAAGCACCUUAUCAUUACAAAUCAAACGUAAUCGGUAUAUUAUAUCUUCCAUUGGCGAUUGCAAAGUUUCUAGGUAGUAUCAUCGGUGGUAUUCUAUCUGAUUAUGCAGCAAUUAGGUAUAUGACAACAUUCAGAAUUGAUGAAGGACAUGUUGUACCUGCAUUACUAUUUUCUGUUCUAACACCUAUCGGUCUAAUCAUUUAUGGAUGGUCAUUUCAGUAUGGUAUGCAUGUAUCAUUACCACUCAUUGGAUUAAUUAUUUGUUCUUUUGGUCAAACAGGUACUCGACCUGGUAUUUAUUCAUUCUAUACCAUUAAAUAUCAACAAUAUUCAGCUAGUGUGAUAGCAGCAAAUAAUUUUGUACAACUAUUACUAACAUCGAUUAUGCUAGCAUUUACAGCAAUAAUUGUAGAAUCGAUUGGUAAUGGAGUAUAUUUUACAACUAUAGCUAUGGGUAAUAUAUUGGCAACAAUCGUACCAGUGAUAAUUAUUUCACGAAAAAUCAGAUUAUCAUCUAAUAUUUGUGAAAAGAUGCCUAGUCAAAGUACUCCUCUGAUAGGUACUGAUGCUAAACAAUAUCAUGAAUAA